GUCCAACCCAUGGUUCUCCUCCGAUUUAAGCUGGGAACCAGUAUCCAUUUCCUGCUUCGUGUUGUAAACAAACAUAAAACACUAUAUAGCAGGAAGAAAUUUUGGAUCGUUCAGUAGAGAUAAUAAUGAGGAGAAUGGCUGGAGAAUCAACUGUAAAGUUCAAGAAAAUGCGCCGACGUGAUGAUGAUAGCUUUUCUGAUAUACAGUUUCAGAAACCUCCUCCAAAGUUCCCGAAGAAAGCCAUCGCCCUUGCAACAGUUCUGUUCCUGGUUGGCAGUGCACUCAUUGUGGUUGGAGCCUUACUUCUCACAGGAUAUAUUGAUGCAAAGUAUGGUGACCGAACGUGGCCCAUCCUGAUCCUCGGCUCCAUCAUGUUUAUCCCAGGAUUUUACCAUGUCCGGAUAGCAUACUACGCAUACAAGGGCUACGUGGGGUACUCGUAUGAGGAUAUUCCCGAGUUUGAAUGAGCAUAGAGAAAGGAAGGAUCAAAACACAUUCCAGCGGAGAAGUGCAAUCAGGGCAGCUCACUUACUUUGAAGGCCCUAAUGAAUUUGUUUUCACUUUAAUUCAGAUAUGAUUUAUGAAGCUAAAAUUGGUUACAGAUCCUCAAGUGCAGUCAGAGGUCUGUUCAUUGAAAUAUAAAACUGCAGAUUAAAUCCUGGUAGAAGUCAUGAUGAUUACAAUAAAUGUGAAUGAUUAACAAGAUUAAGAUCAUCAUCAAUUUUUUAUGAUAGAAAAAAAAACUGAUUAAAAGUUAUGACUUGUCGAUUUCAUUUGGAUUUGUUAAUGCGAUUUUAAUGCUGGAAAUUCAAAACUUCUAGAGGACCUUUUCAGAAUUUUUUUGUUCUUAUGUUGAGCUCAUGUGUCCUUACUUGUCCAUGUUUUCUAUGUUGGUUGUCUGCAUUUUUACAUUAUUACUAUCAAUAGCUUUAUGUCAUUCAUGUAUAUAAUACAGGCUAUUUAAUGUUUA